CGGAAGAGUCUAGCCUCUGCUUGCCACUGUGUUGCCAUCAGACGUUUAUUUUCACGACUAUGUGCUCGGCCGAGAAUGGCGGAGGCCAACGCACUUGAGGAACUCCAGUCGGAGCUGACAUGUCCGGUGUGUUUGGAGCUGUUCCGUGACCCGGUGAUCCUCGAGUGCGGACACCACUUCUGCCAGGUGUGCAUCAUCCAGUGCUGGGAAGCCAAGGCGGACGAGCUGUCCAACUGUCCGAAGUGUAGAAAGUCGUGCGCUCGCAAACUACGGCCCAACUCGCUCCUGUGCAACGUCGUGGACAGUGUGCGCAGAGCCAGAGCCAUGGACACAGCCGCGGGGAUAACCGGACGGGACCCGGAAAGUGAGCUGGAGGAGCCGGAGGAACGGGAGCCCGGGUCCAGCAUGUGCAGCGUGGCCUCAUCCAUCGGGUACUGGCCGCGCUUGGGCAUGGAUAUGUGCGAGGAGCAUGAGGAGAAGCUGAAGCUCUACUGUGAGGACGACCAGCUCCCCAUCUGUCUGGUGUGCGGCAUGUCCCGAGACCACAAGACCCACAACGUCAUCCCCAUUACCGAGGCUUUUGAAAACUACAAGGAUAAGCUGUCUGUGGCUCUGGAGAGGGUUCAGCUACAGACAGAGGAGGCCAUGCUCUUCCAAAAACAGACAAAUGAAAAGAUCCUCUUCAUUAAGGAGCGAGCAGGAGAUCUGGAGGAGCUGGUGUCUGCAGAGUUUGCUCGUCUGAAGGAGUUCCUUGUGGAGGAGGAGGAGCGCAUUAAGGAGAAGCUACAGAGGCAGAAAGAGGAGAAGCUCAACCAGCUGGAAGAGGCGCUCACUCAGGCGACGGAGCAAAUCAGCCAACUGGAAAGUACGGCCGACCAGCUUCGCCUCAAACUGAGGGAGGAAGAAAACCCAGAGCAGCUCAAGGGGAUCAAAGAUUUCAUUGGAGGAGCUGAGAGCAUGUUUGAGCGCCCUCCAGAAGUGAGUGUUGAUCUGCAGUCAGGAGAGUUUCUGGGACCUCUGCAGUGCAGGACCUGGAGGAAAAUGAGCUCCAUUUGUCAGCCAGCAGUCACAGCAGUGACCCUCAACCCAGACACGGCCUACCCUUGCUUGUGGGUUUCCCCGUGUCGCACCAGCGUCCAAAUGGGCAAAAUCCAGCCCAACCUGCCCAAUAACCCAGAGCGUUUCACCCGCUACAACAUUGUCCUGGGCUCCGAAGCCUUCUCUUCUGGCAGACACUACUGGGAGGUGGAGGUGGGCUCCAAGACUGCGUGGGGUUUGGGCGUGGCCACAGCCUCUGUCAACAGGAAGGAAGAGAUCAGCCUCUGCCCAGAUGACGGUUUCUGGACCCUGGUGCUGAGGGACAAUGGCAACGGCACCAGCGAGUACGAAGCGUGUACCGACUCAGAGGACAGCGUGUUACAUCCCACCAAACCUCCCACGAGGGUGGGGGUCUAUCUGGACUAUGGGCGCGGAGAGGUGGGGUUUUACGACGCAGGGAACAUGAGCCACCUCUUUACCUUCUAUGAUGCAAAAUUCAAAGAGCCUGUUUUCCCCUAUUUUAAUCCCUGGCCGAUUAUAAACGGACACAACCGGGAGCCGCUCACCAUAGUAACUCCACACUGGGGAUAGAUGUGCUUUUUAUCUGAUGAUUCAGCAGCUGACGAAAUCAGAUGGACUCAGAUGUGAGCUUUCACACAUCAGGCUUGUUAGAAAGACUGAUGAAUUAAUGUUGUGGUGAUGAUGAACAUGUUAACUGUUACACUCUAAGACUGGAAAUGAGAAGAUGAAACUACUAUAGGACAGGACAAAUGACAUGUUAAAGGACAUGGCUUCCACAUUUUUCUUAUUGUCAACAAAUCCCAUGGAAAGACCAAAAACAACAAUAAAUUUAUCUUACCAGCAAGUAUUUUCUCUGUAACCACAACCUGAUAGAUCCUAUUACUCUCUACUGUUGAAAAGACAGAGUUCAUUGUUGUCCAGAAAUGACAGAAACGCCGUAGUUUUAUUUUGGGUAAAUCCCAUUAACACCCUGCUGCUGCCAUAAAUACUCACUAAACCAACAAAUGUGUAAGCAAAAAAAAAUGCGCAAUUUCCUCCUGUGUGUGUAACUUUUGCUAUAAACAGUAACAGUACAGUACUGCUGGAGGGAAUUACUUAGACUUUUUCCUUUGUAAUGAACCUAUAUAUGUGUGGCCUUUAUUUUUCUGUAGAAAUAAAUUGGGAUUGGGCCUGACAGCCAAAUAAGGACAGAGAGAUAAACAAACACAUGAUUGGUUUUAGCUUUUUUCGGGUGAUUUCUUGACAAUAAGAAAAAUAUAAAUUAGCCUCAUCCUUUAAUAUUUUGUAUUGGUUCUGAAUUAAUUAGAAAAAGGGGUAAGGCAUAUUGCUUAAUGGAAAUGUAAUCAAAGACUUUACUAGUAGAGUCUCGGAAGAAAAGUUUUAAAUUUUUCUUAAUUAAUUUUGUUGCAAUAUCUUAUGGAGUGUUUUAUACCAUAUCUAAGAAUAUAACAUAUUUUGGGAGUUUUUAUAUAUCUUAUCCUGUCAUUGUAAUUUGAUACACAUCUAAAGCAGUGGUGUUGCUGGCACAUCUGAUUCCACUAGAGGGCGCCCAAAACUAACUGUGAAUGCAGCAUUACUGUGCUGGUCAGUGGUCUGUAAUGCAAAUUUAAGCUUUUCUGAAGCAAAUGGAGGCCAACCUCCAGCCACUGCAGCCCGCUCAAAGCUUUCAGGGAGGAGUUCAUUUCAAGUAGUGGUGCAGAAUUUUUUUUCACCACUUUUUUUAUAUAGUCUAUUAUCACAAACAAAUUUACCUCAAGAGGCUUUACAAUUUAUAUAACAUACAACACCCUCUAUCCUUAGACCCCCCCCAAAAAACCUUUUAACAGGGAAAAAACUGAAAGAAGCUUAAGGAAGAUCAACAUAGGAGGAAUGAGUUCACAAUACGGAAAGUCAGGAUGACACUAUUAUAGAUAGACUGUAAAUAUGUAUGAGGAAUAUGGAUCUGGGAGGACAUCAAAUAACCUCCAGGUGUCAGCAAUAGAUAGAACCUGAUCUACAUGACCUCCUCUCCGUCAUGAGGAUUUGGAAAAGUGACAUACUAUACAAACAAAACUCAAACAAGUCAUUCAUGCAAAAGGGACAGAGACAAGAGGAGAGGCUCCUUGCGGUAUAUUCGAUAACCUUUAGUGAGCAAUUUAUCCUGCCACAUUGAUAAAGUGGAUGAAUGUACAUCAAGCCAAACACGCAAAACGUGAAAUUUGCCCGGCGUGAUACAAACACCAAGAACACAAUCAAUUACUGGAUACAUUAUUAUUUAAGUGCUGGGAAAUUUCUCAAUCCCUAUUUCACCACAAGACCAGAACGUUGAAACCAGUACAACACCAUUUUGCAAUAUAAUGCAACACAAGAGCACCUCACACUACAGGCACAGGGUUGAAAAAACAUCCUGUUCCACAGAAAACAUUUGAUUCAUGUUGUGUUCGUGUUGUGUUCAUGUUGUGUUCCAUGCUGUAAAUACUUGUUUCUUAAAGAUAAUCAGUUGAUUAGCUGUCGCUUCACUGUGCUUGAGUUUGGUGUUAACCUGUCAUGGAUACUCACAUAGUGUUCCUUUUUCUCUGUCCAGUUAAGCAAGGUUAAUGAGUUCCCUCGUGCCAGUUGAGCAAUUUGGUAAUCUGUGACUACUAUUACGAACAAAUAAGUAAUGAGAAUUAGUCUGGCCAAAAUAAAAUGUAUCUGUUAUCCA